AUGAAGACGCCGAGCUGUGACAGGGCGAGGGAAGAAGAAGAAGAAUAUGGGAAAGGAGAUGACGAAUUGGGGACGGGGCGGCCGAAAGAACUCUGCCGCCCGUUCGACAUGUCCCUGAAGACCAGUGUCGAGAUAUUCGGUUCCGUGAUGGCAGAAUUUGGCUUCGUCGGAGAUGAAAGCCCCGGGUCCGUGGAAACAGCAGAUCCAACGGCGGAGGGGAUGAAUAGGAGGAUGGAGACGACAAUGGUGGGGAAUGUCCAUCAAGUCUCGGUCGGGUCGAUUUGCAGCGGUUCAGUCGCGGAUAGCAGUUGGUCUGGACCGGUUGGCACGGGUCGCGGUUUGGUGCUGGUCGCGUGUUGCGUGUCGCUGGCAGGUCGCGUCGGGCGUGACGUGCUGGGCAGCAGGUCGCGUCCUUGCGCGGGCGCGUGUCGUGCGGCUCUCCUAGGUCGAGGCAGACAAGACGAGCGAGGCGUGCAGGUCACGCGGACGUCGUGA